CGCGUCCCUCUGGCGCCGUAGCCGGGACCUGGUGUUGGGCAGUACCUGCACAGUGGUUCUUGAGCUCUAGCGGUUGCCGGUCGAUUGUUGCCAGUUGCCAGUUGCCAGUCGUUUUCGGAAAGCCGGCAGCGGCUUUUUCACCGGGUUCUGCUUGAGGCCGAGCCAAAGAGUGGCUGUGACUCGGGAGACGGAGUGGAACACCCAGCUGGGCAGGCCCAGUCCUAUCUCCCGCGACCCAGCACCGCAGGAUCAAACCGUGCCUCUACGGGGAGUGGCUGGAGAGGAAGAGUCCCGCCUGGGAGCCGUCGGAGCAGCCCUGCAGAACGGGGUGGGGGCUGCUAUACAUAGACCCUGACGCCCAGAGAACUGCUGGGAGGCUGUGGCGCGAGGUGGAACUCAAAUGCUGGAGGAAGGAGGUGAGGAGUGGUAGAGGAGCGAUCGUCAAGAGAUCCGCUGCUGCUUCGUUUGCCCACGACUGCCGCUGUGUGAGCCGGAUCAGAACUCUUUUUAUCUCUCUUACAGGUAGUUGGAGACAAUCCUUUUUUCUUUCUUUGCCCGUGACACAGCCCCAGGAGAUCCUGAGAACAUGUGCCCCUACAAUCCUUUUUUGAGUAAAGAAUUCGGGGGUCAAAAAAGUUUGAGGACCUCAUACCUGCGUGAUUUCUGAGUAUUGUACCACGUACCCCAGUCUGCCUGAUGGACCAAUGACAGUGGAGAGUAGGGAGAAGUGGGUUCCUGAGGACUCCUUUGUCGCUUUUCUUCUUCUAGCCCUUCUCGAAGCAGCCAGGGAUGCCUGGAAGCCCGGGAAAGUUUGAGGGCAGGCCAGCCCAGUAGGAUUGUGAAGUUGUGGAGGAUGGGGGAAUUUGCAGUUAGAAGGCAGAGGUUCUUGUGAAAGCUGUGAGGUACCAGCCAGGUCUCUUAACCCGUAUUUCUCCAUGGAAGAAAGGACAAAAUAACGUUAACUACUUUGUUUACCUCUGAGAAUUGUGAUCCUCAAAUGAAAUAACACUUUUGAAAGCACCCUGAAUGUGGUACAGAACAAAUGUUACUGCCUUCCCCUGACCCUGCCCUUCCCCAAGAGGAAAAUACAGGAGAGGAAGGAAUGGCUGCUGGUCUCCUCACAGCUGGGCCCCGGGGAUCCACAUUCUUCGGCAGUGUGACAGUAGCUUUUGCACAAGAAGGGUGGAGGUGCCUCGUGUCUACUCCGAGGGAGAGGUACAAGGAGGGGAUACCAGAAAAGUCCAGGAACCUUGUCCUACUAGGACUUCCAGUUUCCCAGCCUGGCAUGAACUCCCAGUUGGAACAAAGGGAAGGCACAUGGAUGCUGGAGGGCAAAGACGUGCGAAGUCCCUCUCCAGGCUGGAAGAUUGUAUCUGAAUCACCACUACAGCAAGCCCUUUCUGAAGAAUCAUUCCAAGACCCACAUGUAGAGAUGCCCCCUGGGGAUUCAGACCACAGGACCAGUGAGCUUGAGAAGAGCUUCAGCCUGAGACCAGUCCUCUCUCCGCAACAGAGAGCGCCCGUGGAAGCGAGACCUCGCAAACGUGAGACGCACACCAAGCGCUUCAAGAACUCGGAAAUCACAAAACCUCACAGAGCGAAACCGUAUGCAUGUAAUGAAUGUGGCAAAGCCUUCAGUUACUGUUCUUCCCUUUCUCAGCAUCAGAAGAGCCACACUGGAGAGAAGCCCUAUGAGUGCAAUGAGUGUGGGAAGGCCUUCAGCCAGAGCUCCUCUCUCAUUCAGCACCAGAGGAUUCACACUGGAGAGAAACCUUACAAGUGCAGUGAAUGUGGAAGAGCCUUCAGCCAGAACGCCAACCUCACCAAACACCAGCGAACUCACACCGGAGAAAAGCCCUACAGAUGCAGCGAGUGUGAGAAAGCCUUCAGUGACUGCUCAGCUCUUGUUCAGCAUCAGAGAAUUCAUACCGGAGAGAAGCCCUACGAAUGCAGCGACUGUGGGAAGGCCUUCCGUCACAGCGCAAACCUCACGAACCACCAGAGGACUCACACUGGGGAGAAGCCCUACAAGUGCAGCGAGUGUGGGAAGGCCUUCAGUUACUGCGCAGCGUUCAUUCAGCACCAGAGGAUUCACACUGGGGAGAAGCCCUACAGAUGUGCUGCGUGUGGGAAGGCCUUCAGCCAGAGUGCAAACCUCACAAACCAUCAGAGGACUCACACCGGGGAGAAACCCUACAAGUGCAGCGAGUGUGGGAAGGCCUUCAGCCAGAGUACGAAUCUCAUAAUCCACCAAAAGACCCACACCGGGGAGAAGCCAUAUAAAUGUAACGAAUGUGGGAAAUUCUUCAGUGAGAGCUCAGCCCUCAUUCGACAUCACAUAAUCCACACCGGAGAAAAACCUUAUGAGUGUAACGAGUGUGGUAAAGCGUUUAACCAGAGCUCAUCCCUUAGUCAGCAUCAGAGAAUCCACACAGGCGUGAAACCCUAUGAAUGCAGCGAGUGUGGGAAGGCCUUCCGGUGCAGCUCUGCCUUCAUCAGACAUCAGAGACUCCACGCCGGAGAGUAACCAGGAACAUGGUGGAAGUGGAGAGUCCUGGACAUGCCGACUCAGGACAGAUGGGUGAGGAUCUGAGAAAUGCUAAAGGCUCGAAAGCAUCUGAAGCCAUCUAACUUAGAGUCUGCAGCCCAGAGCCACAUGCAAUUCAGUAAAUAGCCACUAUUUCACAUGCUGUGUGUGGACGCUCAGCUCUAUAACACCUUUCUGCAAGCAUCAAAAGAUCCAGGGCUCCAUUCAGUUGCAGGUUUGCCUUUAUUCAGACAGUGGGCCAGAGCACUUUAUUUGGUAAGCAUUCCAGAAACCUGAGUUUAUUCGGAGUAAGUGACCAAAUCAAUGAGUAAAGAACUUGGCUGCUACAUCAAAGCCAAGUCUUUGGGUAAUGCUGGCAGUUUCUCCUGGAAGUAAUGAGAAAUGUUGUGAAGGAACUCAGAGCAUUGGCCAGAAAUGAUUGAAAAACCAUCAAAUUUGGGGCAAGGGGUGUAAAUACAAAUACAAGUGAGAAAAGGGAUUCUAGAGCCAACUAUGAAAUACCAGAAUCUCCUUGAGGUGGGAACAUUCCUUGAUGUUCCAAAACUCAGAAAAGCACAGCCAGGCCCAGCCUUUGUAGAGCUUGUUACUGUUAGAAAGAGCCCACCCAGGCAGAUCACAAGGUCCGGAGUUUGAGACCAGCCUGACCAACAUGGUGAAACCCCAUCUCCACUAAAAAUACAAAAACUUGUGGGGUGCGGUGGCACGUGCCUGUAAUCCCAGCUACUCAGGAGGCUGAAGCAGGAGAAUCACUUGAACCCAGGAGGCAGAGGUUGCAGUGGGCCAAGAUUGCAACACUGCACUCCAGCCUGGGCAAGAGCAAGACUGCAUCUCAACAAAAAAGAGCCCACCCAGAGGUUACUCGUGUUGAGGGUAGAGUGUGCUGCUAAUGAAUUGGGAGGCACAUCCCUUUCCAUGGAGAAUAGGAAGCACCCAGAAUGGGGAAGUGUGUGACAGCCAUGCUGGACUCAGAGGCAGGUGAGUCAUAAACUGCCCCCGGCUCCUCACUCUCCUUUCUCCCUCAUGGAGAACAGUAGUGCUCCCCUUCUAUUACAGAUCCAGACUUUUGCCUUUG